AUGAACGUGCUGGAAUGGGCUUUCGGCAAGCGUAUGACGCCCGCCGAGCGUCUUCGCAAAAAUCAGCGACUCCUCGAUAAGGCCAUUCGAGAACUCGACCAACAGCGCGUUAAGCUCGAGAAGCAAGAAAAGACACUGGUCUCCCAGAUUCGCCAGAGCGCCCAGAAAGGUCAGAUGGGCGCCUGCAAAAUUCAGGCCAAGGAUUUGGUGCGGACACGACGAUACAUCGAGAAGUUCUACAGCAUGAGGAGUCAACUCCAAAAGAUCUCGCUCCGCUUGCAAACGUACCGCACGAACGAGCAGAUGAUGCAAGCCAUGAAGGGCGCGACAAUGGCUCUCGGAAGCAUGAACCGCACAAUGAACUUACCCUCGUUGCAACGUAUAGCCAUGGAGUUCGAGCGCGAGAACGAUAUCAUGGAACAGCGACAAGAAAUGAUGGAUGAUGCCAUUGACGAUGCAAUGGACAUGGGUCUCGAAGAAGAGGGUGACGAGGUUGUAGAACAAGUGUUGGAGGAGAUCGGCGUGGAUCUCAGUCAAGCGAUGGGCGAGACGCCAUCGGGAUUACAGGUUGCGGCUGGUGCUCCAGAGAACAAAGUUGCCCAAGCGGUUGGUGGUGGUGGUGGUGGUGGGGUCGACCCAGGCGACGACGAUUUGCAGGCAAGGUUGGACAGCCUGAGACGAUGA